UAAAGAAUAAAAUUAAAACAUUAAAAAAAAAAAAACCUAACAGUCAAAGUGUAUGUACAGGCAAUUUCAAUUUAUCAAAUAAUGCCUGACUGUUUUCCAAAGUGCAGUUUUCCAAUUAUGCAGGAAGAAGAACAUUCUAAACAGGGGCAGGCGUAGGACCAAGAAGAACUGUACACUCUGUUGCCUAAAACCCUCAGCGUUUUUCCCUUUUACUGGAACAAGAUCCAAGCCCCUGCUGUGAGUGCCAGGGCCUUGCAUGUUGAGGCCCCUGCCCUGCUCUCUACCGGUGCCAUUAUGACUCUGCCCCUCACCCCCAGUCCCAUGGUCAUGUGUGACUGCCUAACCCCGCCUCUGCCCCAGUGUUCUUCCACUAGACAUCUCCAUAGCUCUUUCCCUCAUUUCCUUCAGGUCUUUGCUAAAAUAUCCCUUCUCAGUGACACUUUCUCUGACCACCCAGUUUUAGAUGGCAACCUCCCACAUUCCUUACCCCCUCCUCAGCUUUGCUUGUCUCCACAGCCUGGCCACCUGGGUUCCAUUCAGUCUCAGGCAGCUCUCCCCUGGUCUGCUAGGACUUGACACUUUAUCUCCCCCCAAGCCUUAAGUGCCAGCAUACCUGACUGUUGGGGGCUGGCUACCUGGCCCUGCUGAUGGACUGGCCUCUCGGAGCCACUUUUGAUCCGGGCAGCCUGGGUUUCUCACAGUCGUUCUCAUGCUCUGAAAAAAAGCUCAUGUAUUUUCUUUAUUUACCUGUUUGGUUUUUGUCCCCACCCUGCCUGAGCCCUCACUUUUAUGGGAGCUCUAUAAAAGAGGCAACCUCGCUGUCUUAUUCACUACCCGAUAUAUGAUAAGUCCUCAAACAAUAACUGUCCAGGCUGGUUGUCAAUCUCCCAGAGAUAUCUGAGCACCCCUACACCCACACCUGGGAAUUGCCCUGUGUGGAAAUCCCCAGAACACAGGCAUCCUCCCUCCACUGCCAGCUCCCGCCAACUUCCCUGGUUCGGUGUCAGACAGCUUCUGCUGGGGGCUGCUGCUGCUGCUGCUGCUUCCCUAAAUCCCCUCUGGGGACUGUCUGGGAGCUCUGGCCGCAGCUUUUCUGGCCAUCAUGGCACAAGGGUGAUGGGCAGGGGUCCUUAAACAGGCAGGGGUCAGGUGCCUGGAGCUCGAGAAAAACGUUUUGAUGGAAUAAAGUGGAAGACUUCAGAGAUGAGAGGACCUCACCAGGUGGAGAAAAGAAAAGGGCACGCUGAGCAGAGCAGAAGGAACAGUGGGAACAAAGGGCUGGCGGCAUGAGAGCGCAUGUCGUAUUUGAAGAACACGUUCUGGUCUGGUGCAGCUGGAGGGUUUUCGGUGGAAGGGAGCGUGGAAGGAGAGCAUCCCUGGGCUGGCCUGGAGGGGGAGGGCUGGCUGGGGAGGUCUGAGCUCCCAGCAGGAUCAGCAAAGGCUCAGCAGUGUCUUAGGUUUAAUCCUGCCCCCACCCCUGCCUCUGUCAGUCUGCCCCUCCUACUUCACCCCUGCCCUUCCCUUCACCCAACCCCCAGCCUGGCCGCUCCUGCAGCUGAAUGGACUUCUCCCUCGGCCUACGCUUGGGCCCUCGCAACAAGAAGGCCACCCACCAACAGCCCCCUACACCCUCUGGGCACGCCGCACCAGCUGCCGUCCCUUGUCUGUCCUGUCCCCCCUCUGCCUGUUUUUGCCCCUGCCCUAGCUGUCCUCCUCCCACCUGCUCCUGCACUGCCUAUCCGUCUCAUGCAGCUACCUGCCCCUCCUGCCCCGGCGGUCUUCCUGGCCCACCCUGUACCUGCUCCUGCCCCCCCUGCCCUGCCUGUCCUCCCCUGACUUGUCCCCACAGCUCCUGUGUCUUGUGCGCUGGUCCGCACGUGACCUGCUGCCACCCCUCACCUUGCCCAAUUUACCCUUGCUCCAGAGGCCGAGCUGCCUGUCCCAGCUCCUGCCUGGGCUGCAGUGACAGCUGUGGCUGUGGCCCAGGGGCUCCUCCAGGCUCCACUGGCCGCUGCAGCCGCUGCUUCCGGGGACAACGCACCUCUCAGAGGCACUGUCUCAUAGUCUAGCUGGACUGCUGCCCCGCUGAGAGGUUGUCGGUCUGGUCUCCCGGAGCACUUCUGCCAGCUGCUUCCUCUGGGGGGAGGCAGAAGCUCUGGAGUGAGGAGAGGCAUCAGCUAAACCCCUCACCCAGACAGGUAGAGGCAGAAGACUGCUCAGAGCCCCCGCGCAUCCCCCAUAGUCCCUGAGAGCGGGGCAUCUGCUUUGAUGUUAGUUUCUGGGCCUGCUCCCGCUGGUUCCAGAACCUCCUCUUCUGCAACUUCUGAAAUGGAAAGCAUGCUUCUCAGAGCUUCCCUCAAGGCCUCGGAAGGUGAGGAAGUUGGCCAUUUUCUUCCUGUAGUCAGCCUCUGCUGGACAUCCUUCUUGGCUCAUCUUCUCUGCAGUUCUCAUGGAUAAGGUACAUCCCUCCUCUAGAGGCAGUAGGGGGCCCUUUGUCCAGGGGUUGUCUCUUGCCACUUGGGCCUCCACCCGUAUCCCUUACUGACCCAAAAGUCUGUGGACCCCUUACCUCUCAUCCUGAGUCAGGCAAAGAAGGUCAGUGGCUCUUAGACCAGGGGAGAAGGCUGAGCAGAGGGUUCUUGGCUCUUCCCUCCCCUUGGAUAUCAUGACAUCCUUCAUGGUCCUUUGCUUCUAGGAACCUGGAGUUCUCUGCCUGGAUGUCUUGUCUUUCAAAUCUCUGAGUGCUCGCGCAGUGUCAUGACCUCAAUCUUCCAGCAAUAAUCCCUUCUGUGACAUCCAUGCUCAUCUGGCAUGGGGAUAAGGGAAGCUGGGAAGUCUGGUCUCAGUGAUCCCAUCCAUAUAGCUAAGUCAAAAUACCCUGUCCCUGUGGAUAGGACCUGAGUUUGGAGAAGCCACCAAGAGGAAGCUGGAAGUAAGAGCCCCAGGGUAGCCAAAUAGCUCUUAAGAAGAAUUCCAGCUAAUGUGGAAGGAAUACGGAAUUAGAAAAAUCAUUGGGCAGCCCUUGAUCAAAUAAUUGAUCAAAGCAAGAAUCAUGAAUGGAUGAAACCAAAGAUGAUGGUUGAUGGUGAACUUUACAAUGGAGGAAUCAAGCCGUGAGCACCUAACCCCACUGAGGAAUCUUACCAUCACUAAAAGGGGUAUAACCCCUCUACUGCGUACCUCCUGGGGUGAUGCAAUCUGAAGCACUCAGCACCACCCAUGAAAGACUCUUGCCAAACAAAGAGCAAACACACACACAAAACUGAACAUGAUUCUAAUCAAACCUCUAAAACCAACCUCCAUUUAACAGGAAAUAUCAGGGAUGGAGGAACAAUUUAAAUGACACAACGAGGAAGUAAGAAGACACAUCCAGAGAGUGGGAACUUUUCAAGGAAAUGUGGCUCAAUUUCUUCAACUAGUCAAUGGCUAGGGGGGAAAAUUGAGAGAGGACAUAAAAGGACUACUAUUAUAUGGGGCAUGUGGACUCUUUUGGUUCCUGAUUGGAUAACCCAAUUGUAAAAGGACAGUUUCAGACAGUUGGAGCCUUUUACUUACGGACUGGAGAAUGCCAAGGAGUCAGUAUUGAUUUUGUUAGACAUAAAAUGGCUUCAGGGUUUUGUAAGAAAAGGGCCUUAUUUCCUAGGGGUGCAUAUUGAAGUAUGGAGUGAAGUGACAUACUUACUUUUAAAUAUUUGGGCAGAUAAAAAAAGGACGGAAUUAAAGGAAUAGACGCAACAAAGUGACAGAAUUAUAU